UUUCCGGAACAAAAACAAACGAAAUAGAGAUGUGUUCGAAGCAUACCGCAUAUCUAUGGUGUGACGUCUCAGGACAUUAACUGAACACUGCAUUGCAAAUGAGCUAGUAGGACUAUAAUACAAGUGUUUAACAUAUAAAUAGUACCAAUCCAAGGAAGGGCAUGUCCAAUACCGUUGUCUUUCAUGCUCAGCUAGCCUCCAUCAUUGAGGUUUUGGCGAAUGCAGCCGUUGCCGAAAUCUGCAAACUUGUAGAUGAUGGCCAUGCUGCCUUACGUUUGGAAAUUUCCCAUAGUCAGAAAGAAAUUGAUAACCUGCGGAGGAAGCUGGUUUUGACAAAAUUCCAGAAUUCUCGACGGAGCGCAGAGAGAUUUGGAGCCCUGCGACGCACAGUUCACAGGCGAGUGGACACCGAUCAUGUUGCCCGGGAGAGAGAGAGCUUCGUAGAAAAGGCAAAAAGCAGACUUGGAUAUUUGGAAAAUCGUUCUGCCUACAGUGAAGGGGGCAAAUGUAUGCAGGAUGUCACCAACCGGAGAGACGCAGGACGCACAGCGACAGACCAGGAUGGGGCCAUGCAGAUGGCAGAUAUGCAAGAGGCACCUCAUAUAAAAAUGGAAAAUCUUGACACCAGCAUAACCGAAGAGAUUGUCCAACCAGUCAGUGAGAGCAGUGAGAAGAUCAUUGUGGCAGAACCAGGUUCUUCAUCCUAUACUGAACCCACAGGCCUUCUGGACCAGCAGGGCAACAGACACAGAGCUCCAGACACCUCACUCAAUAUAGACCCUGAAAACCAGACGUUCCAGCAUCCAGCGUCACAAUACAACAGAGCAAGACAGGACCAUCAGGUUGCUGAGGGUGUGACCUGGGAAACUGACCAUCAACCCAUAGAAUACAGCCUGUCCCAAUGGACAGAGAACCAAGAGACUGACAACCCAACUGUGAAUGCUCCUCACAAUGCAGGGCCAGAAUCCAAGAGGCUGUCUGAACAUCCAGAGAGGAGAGGGGUGCCUGGUAACUCUGGGGUCUGCAUGCCUACUUCAGGCUCUCUGGACUGGGUGCCUGAUGUGGUGAUGGUGGACUCAGUUCCCAUUAAAGUGGAGGCAGAUAUGAGUUCAGAAUGGAGCAUAACUGGCCAAGAGGUGACAUCUGGAGAGGUUUGUUCAGACAGCAGGCAGCUUGUGGACAACAGAGGAAGAGGGAGAAUGGAGUCUGGACAGACAAAGUGUCCCCCUGACACUCAACAUGCAGAACAAGGGACAACUGUAGGAUCAAGGUCCAAGUUGCCAGAUUUCAGUGGACUGUCCAACCGAAACAGAUUUUCAUCCCCAAGGGUUACCCUCCACCAGGUUCCCCAAAGAGGGAAGCCAGCCCCCUUCCCGAAUUUCAACAGAGGCUCCACUUCUUCAUUGAAAGGCAUAGAAAAGCAGCCACAACAGCUGACGUCUCACUCCACCCAGAGGCAGCUCCGGUGCAGCCUCUGCGGAAAGCCCUUCCCUCAGCCGGCAUACCUAAGGAGGCACAUGCGGGUCCAUACGGGGGAGAAACCGUAUGGCUGCAGCCACUGUACCAAGCGCUUCUCCCACAGCCACCAGCUGAAGAUGCAUGAGAGAGUCCACACCGGAGAGAAACCAUUUCAUUGCAUCUACUGCGGGAAGUGCUUCACCCAGUCCGGCCACAUGAAGAGGCAUCUCCUUAUCCACACUGGCAGCAGGCCACAGGACGUUGUGCUGCCCUGAGUGUUCCAAGGUGAAGUUUCCCCUAGGUACAGAUCUAGAAUCAGCUUCCUCUUCCCCAAUCCUAACCUUAAGCAUUAGUGGAAAAAAAUAUACUAAACUGACCGAAGAUCAGCUUCUAGGGGUAACUUCACACUACUCCACCUGGCAUAAUGAUAAGUAGGGCCAGGAGUUUUUCCUCAAUUAAUCGGUCGACCUCUAGUUUGGAUAGUUACCACAUUGAACACUACCCUCUGUGUGUAGUGGUUGUGUUUUCAGUUCAACUGGCUUGAUGCUUGGUCCAGAGUGGACUGAUAAUCCAUAAUUUAUAACAGGUGAAGAUUUUAAAAAUCAUUGGUGCAGUACAGUAAUUUAUUUGAAUUGUAUUUAUUAUUUAUUUAACCAGGUGAGUUGACUGAGAAUACAUUGUGAUUUACAGCAAUGUCCUGGGGGUAAAUUACAAUACAUAGACCUAGUUAAAAGCCAUAGUUAACACGCAGAAAUAUAAGCAAGCGAAAUUCAAUAAAGAUCAAUCUCAUAAGAA